AUGGCUAAAUUUAGUCCAGAAGAAGUCUCUGCUCUUCAAGCUGGUGGAAAUGAGAGAGCAAAUCAGGUUUAUCUUAAAGAAUGGGAUCCUCUUCGCAAUUCUAAGCCAGAUUCCAGUAAUAUACAGAAACUCCGAGAAUUCAUCAAGUGUGUGUAUGUGGAAAGAAGAUACACUGGAGAAAGUAGCAGCAAUCUUUCUAGGAUUAGAUUGAGUGAGAAGGAGCCUAAUGCAAGUAAGAGAAGUAGUUCAUUUCGUUUAGAGUUCAGAACUCCAAAUUCAAGUCCCGGUCCUUAUCCAAAAAGUGAUGACAAGAAUUUGAGAUAUUUAUAUGAUGAAAGCAGAAGUCCUAGAUAUGCUCAAAAGUAUUCAAGGAAUGGUGGCCAUAUCAGAAGUCCUAUACAGAUUGAAGUUGUUGAUGACAGGUACAAAGAUGAUGAACGUAGAAAUAGAAGACUUGCAAAUAUAGAAGCAAAGCUAAAGAAAACUUCAAGUGAUGAUCUGAAGAAAGUGGAAACUGUUGCAGCUCCUUUGGGUGAAGUAUCAAAGGAGAAAGCUCAACCCCUAAAAGUAGGUCAACCUCCUCAAACACAGUUUUAUGAACUUAUAUUACCACUCACUCUGAAACCUCCUGGUGGCAAGGGUUCUGUUGAGGAAAAACCAUCUGAGCAAAAAAAUAAUAAUCCAGAAACACCACCACCAUCUAUAGCACAACAAUCAAAUGAAAAUAACUGGGCCAUAUUUGAAGCUUCAACAGAGGACAAUGUUCCUAAAACUCCACCAAACACAAGUACCUCUAAUCCUUCCUCAGAAAAGGCACCAUCAGCAAAAAAUCCUAUAGACCUUUUACUUUCUGAAUUGUCAGGUCCUAUGACUCCAGUGACUGGUGGCAUGUCACCAGUUCCAAGCAGUGCUAAUAAUGAUCCAACAACUACAACAGUACAAAAUGCUAUUGAUUGGGACUUUCCACCUACUUCAGCAGGGAAAACAGCUGCAUCAUCCAACAAUACCAACAAUACUAGUGUUUGGCCAUGCACAUCAACCCCAGCCACUGAACCAGCACAACCUUCUAAUGAAGUUCCUCCACAUACUGAAGAUUCACAUCAACAUAAUCCAUCAAGCAUGCAGUAUCUUCCAUCUGUAUCAGUAGCUUUUAGUUCAACUGCACAACCAACAAAUUCACCAGUCAUAGAAGUAGCUUCAAAUAAUAAGCCAUCAGUAACUCCAAGUGAAAAAGAUCCUUCAUGGUCUUUUACUGAACUACCUUCUCAAACUACCUCAAAACCCACUCAAGAAACCAAAUCUGAUGUUGGCUUGCAGCCAAGUAAAGUGGAAACUAAGGCUAGUGGAAGACAAGAAAUUCCAGAGAACCUUUUUACACCAAGCUAUUUAUCUAGGCCAGCACCCCUUCCAAAUUGGCAGAAUGUUCAACCAUCUGGCAUGGGAUAUGGCUUGCAGUAUUAUCAUAAUGCUGUGCCUCUCUCAGCACUUUCAAAUUCACCAAUGUCCAUAAACCCCUUUGAAUUAACUGAUGUGAGAAAUAUAACCCAUGUCUCAUCGCUUCCUUCUAUGGGUUCUGUGCCUGGUGCACCACAAGCUCUAUCAUCUCCCAGAACAGCAUUGAUGCAUACUGCAAGCCUGGGGUCUUUGGUGUCUCAGUCUCCAAGUUAUACAUCCCCAGUUAUGGGUAUGUACUUUGAUCAAGUUGAUAAUAAGGAGCAACCCACAAGACCUCAAAGAGCUGAGAGCUUCAAUGGUGACAUAACUUCUUUUGGAUCUAUAGAUCCCCUUCAACAUGCAAAUAGAUCAUUCCAGACCUGCAAAAGUUCAAUUUCUAUUUCCAAUACAAGAGCAAACCCAUUUGACUAGUUUAAACAAUUUGCUACACUGCCAAAACCUUCUGCCUUAUGUCAAUAACAAAAAUUGCAGAAGGAUUAUGAUCCUGUCAUUCUUGUGCCAAGUUCACUUAGUAUCCUUUGCAAAUUGUAAUGUAAAUAUAAAAGCACACAUAUUCCCAAGUGGAUGCAGAAAACUUUACACAUCACAGGGCUGCUGAUUAAAUGAUUUAACCAUACAAUGUAUUUAUUGUAAUUACAUGUAAAUUUUUACAACUCUCUUGUACAUAACAAUACAAGUCAAAUAUUAUUGUCUUUGAGUGUAAA